UCACAGCAUCCGCUCACCAAUGCAAAGUAAGCAUGACUGCUAUCUUCCUGAUGUCCAUGCUUUUUGGCCUUACAUGUGGACAAGCAAUGUCUUUUUGUAUUCCCAUCGAGUAUAUAAUGCACAUCGAAAAGGAAGAGUGUGCUUAUUGCCUAACCAUCAACACCACCAUCUGUGCUGGAUAUUGUAUGACACGGGAUAUCAAUGGCAAGCUAUUUCUUCCUAAAUAUGCCCUGUCUCAGGAUGUUUGCACAUAUAGAGACUUCAUCUAUCGAACUGUGGAAAUACCGGGAUGCCCACACCAUGUUGCUCCUUACUUUUCCUAUCCUGUUGCUGUCAGCUGUAACUGUGGCAAGUGUGAUACUGACUAUAGUGACUGUAUACAUGAGGCCAUCAAGACAAACUACUGUACCAAACCUCAGAAGCCUUAUGGGGUGGGAUUUUCUGUCUAACUUUAAUAGCAAUGUAAUUUGUAGUUUGGCUCCAUGUGUUUACUUGGAAUGAACGAAUAAAAUAUCAUUAUGUUUCACAAUAACUUGUG